AUGGUGCAACAAAAUCAAUAUGGAGGUAGUGCCGUAGAGGAUCCCAACACACACUUGAGGCAGUUUUUAGAGUUAUGCAGUACGAUAAAGAUGAGCGGCGUAGCAGAUGACAUCAUUCACUUUCGUUUAUGUCCCUUCUCACUGAGGGACAAGGCUAAGUCAUGGUACCACACUCUACGAUUGGGAGCCAAUCCUACAUGGGAGAAAGUGGUGCACUUAUUUCUGCGAAAGUUUCACCCUCUUGGCUUCACAUUGAAGCUGAAGAUGGACAUUGUUCAAUUUCAGCAGUAUGAAGGGGAAUCACUAGCAGAAACAUGGGAACGGUACCAUGAGAAAUUAAGGAAGUGCCCGUCCCAUCGCUUUGAUGAGGGGACUCUAGUGGUCAUGUUUUACAAUGCAUGUGGAGAGCGCACGAGGAUGUUCAUGGAUACCGCAGUUGGAGGGUCCCUGCUAAAGAAAGGGAGCUCGGAAACAAUGGAGAUCAUAGAAAGUAUGGCCGCUACAAGUUACCAAUGGUCAUCCGAGAGAGUGCAGUUGAAGAAAAUUGCUGCUGCGUCUAGCUCAGAUCCCAUGGCAUUGAUUUCGACUCAGCUGGCAGAGAUGAACUCGAGAAUUACAGCGUUAUCUAUGGGCAAUCCUGAACCAGCUGUGGAGGAACCGGCAGGCAUAGAAGAUGCCGAUUUCAUUUAUGGAAGGAACUAUGGAAACUUCCAGUGUGGACAGCAAGACGGCUACAAUAGAGGACAACAUUACCAGCAAGGAGGGCGUCUACACCCAAAUUUGGCAUAUGAGAAUCCCAACAAUGCAAUUCAACCUCCACCAGGCUUCUCGGUAACCACUGGAGUUAUAAAUGAAGAGAAAAAGCCAAAUUUGGAGGAGUUGAUGAUGAAGUUUGUCUCCAAGUCCGACGAGAGAAUGGAGAAGUUAGGGUCCACUACCGUUGCUUUGGGGACUCAGAUGAAGAUGUUCGAGACCCAAUUGGGUCAACUAGCCAAUGCUUUUACAAAUCCACAUCAACAAGGCCAGUUUCUGAGCAAUACAACUGUCAACCCCAAAGAGCACUGUAAAGCGAUCAACUUGCGGAGUGGGACUACUUAUGAGGGGCCCAAGAUGCCCGAGGACGAGAGUACACCGUAG